AUGGAUGCUGCCAGUGAGACUUCAGAAGGAACCCCAUUCACCCUACUAGGACUAACAACAAAUCCUGGACAGCAGCGGCCUCUCUUUGUCCUAUCUUUGGUCCUGUAUGUGGCGGGCAUCCUGGGUAAUGGACUCAUUGUGGCCGUCAUCCGAGCCAGUCCAACCCUUCAUGCACCCAUGUACUUCCUGGUGGCCCAUCUGUCCUUUGCUGACCUCUGCUUUACCUCCGUCACUGUACCCAAGAUGCUGGCCAACCUGAUGGCCCAUGACUGCUCCAUCUCCCUGGCUGGCUGCCUGACCCAAAUGUACUUCUUCUUCGCCCUGGGUGUAACUGACAGCUGCCUCCUGGCCGCCGUGGCCUCUGACCGCUACGUGGCCAUCCGGCACCCCCUCCACUAUGCCACGAGGACGUCCCAGGCUGUGUGCACAGCCCUGGUGGGGACUGCGUGGCUCGUGUGCCAUGUCCACUCCCUCCUGCAUAUCCUGCUUAUGGCCCACCUGUCCUUCUGUGCCUCCCACCAAGUGCCCCACUUCUUCUGUGACCACCAGCCUCUCUUAAGGCUCUCGUGCUCCGACACCCACCACAUCCGGGUCCUCAUCUUCCCCGAGGGCGCGGUGGUGGUCACUCCCUUCCUGCUCAUUCUUGCCUCCUACGGGGCCAUCGCAGCUGCGGUGCUCCAGCUGCCCUCAGCCACGGGGAAGCUCCGGGCUGUGUCCACCUGUGGCUCCCACCUGGCCAUGGUGGGCCUCUUCUACGGGACAGUCAUUGCAGUCUACUUCCAGCCCAUGGCCCGGUAUGAGGCCGAGCGGGGCCGAGUGGCCAGCAUCAUGUACACUGUCGUCACGUCUAUGCUGAACCCUGUCAUCUACAGCCUCCGGAAUCGCGAUGUGCAGGGGGUGCUCAGAGCCCUUUGCACUCGGCACAGGAUCUCAGCUGGUGACUCCUGA